AGCUUCUUUGACGAUGGAGGCCAGCAAGAAGCGCAAGCUGGGGUCGGGCGAGGCCGCGGACGCCCCGGUCCAAGACGAUACGAAGGUGCUCAUGCGCCUCCUCGAGCCCUUCUCUCGCGACCAGCUCGUGGCCAUCUUGGUCAGCGCGGCCAUGCAGCACAACUCGAUCUUGACCGAGAUCAAGACCAUGGCCAGCACGGACGUCGUGCACCGCAAGAUCUUUGUGCGCGGUCUUCCGUGGGACAUUACGAGCGACCGGCUACGCCUGCAUUUUGUCCAGUUUGGGCCCAUCGACGACGCGAUCGUGAUCAUGGACAAGGCCACGGGCAAGAGCAAGGGCUUUGGCUUUGUGACAUUUGCCGAUAUGGAGGCAGCCGACCACGCACUCGAGGCGCAGCCGCACGACAUUGACGGGCGCAAGUGCCCGUGCAACUUGGCGGCGACCCACGAGUCGUCGUCGUCGCGGCAGCGGGCCGACGUCGCUGCGUCGUACCAAAAGGCGCCGCCCGCCGCCUACACACCACCGCCAGCAACGCCGUACCCACCGCCCGCGCCAAGUCAUGCGCCAUCGUCGUCGACAAGCGGCGAUGCGGGGCCGCCGGGCGACGAGACGGACCGCAAGCUCUUUGUGCGAGGACUGCAUUGGGACACACAGGUCGAGACGGUCACGACCGAGUUUGCCAAGUACGGCGAGAUUGAAGACAUCUCGGUCAUGAAGGACCGCCAAACGGGCAAGUCCAAGGGCUACGGCUUCAUCGUCUACCGGCACCAAAACGCCGCCAAGCGCGCGUUGGCGCAGCCCAUGAAACUCAUCGAGGGGCGGAAUACGCACUGCAACUUGGCGUCGCAGCCGACACGCGGCAACAACAACAACGCUGCUGCGAGCCAUCACCACGCCCAAAGCAGCCAUGCACACCACCCGCCGGGACCACCGUUCCACGCGCCACCCAUGCAACCGGCGUACCCGCCUCCAAUGUACAUGGUGCCCCCGUCCUAUGGCAUGCCGCCACCGCCCUACGCCGACCCGGCCGCGUAUCCUGCGUACCCGCAGCCGCCACCCAUGCCUGGCUACGGCUACCACAUGCAGCACCCGCCGCCGCCGAGACAGUAG